CUGCAUCACCAUUGACACAUUGACAUAUCUCUCGCGGGCUUUGUCACUUGCACAUGCAGACUAUGUAUGUCUGUCUGUAUGUAUGGUACACAACACCAACACUGACACCAACACCGACACAUACACAUACACAAAUAAAUAGAUAGGCACUCAGACAGACAAGUGCCUGCAUCACACACACACACACACACACCCAGCCACGAAGAGGCCAUACUCUCUCUCUCGUAUGCACUGCACUCAGUCAGCUCCCUGCCCCUCGAUUAAACAGUGGGACGCUCAACCACGUAUAAAGGGCCCACCAGCCAAUCCACAGUCACGUGGGUCGACUGACUGGAAGUACGGCGACGGAAUCGAAUCAAAGGGCGGGAAGGUUAGGCCGAUCUGUCUGUCUGUCUGUAAGGCUUCCAUUUGAGCCUUUCCAGGCCACGGGUGAAUGGUUCUGAGCGGGUCAAACGAAAGCCUCCAGACAGACAGACAGACAGCAUGUGGGUCGACGCUGUUCAAGGCAGGGAGUCGCGGUGCAACCAAUUCGAGUACACCCGUCCACACAGACAGACAGACAGACAGACAGACAGGGAUAAAGCAAGUGCCUGGCCUGAUUCGAUUCACUCGCUGAGACGAUUGGUUGGUCAAGCUAGCUAAGAGAGACCGAGACAAUCGAUCACAUCGAUCAUGCACAACUAUAUAUAUACAUUUCAUAUCAUACACACUCUAUCUAUCGGCCCCUCUCUCCCCUCUCUCCCUCCCACCGGUACACACACGAGAGAUCACUGCGCCCUCGCCCCCGUCCUCACACGAGUGAAUGCGGUGCGUCGACUAUGCGCGUGUGUUGUGUGUUGUAUGUCUCUAUCUAUUUGUUUGUGACGUUGUCGAGGAGGCCGUGGACCACCCACUUGCGCUCGCCCCGGGUGUGAAACUCCUGCAGGCACCACAUGCCAACCCAACAGUCACUCGUGACGGCUCGAUGGAUGUUGCUUGGACAUGAGUGUGAGUGUGUGUGUAUGGGUGUGGUGUGCCCCAGCCAGCCACCGACCCAUGCGACUGCGAUGCUGUCUUUGUAAACGAUGUAGUUGCGGCCCUGGAUGAAGACCGGCGUGUGGUGGACUGACAUGACACACCAAGCCAAGCAGAGAGAGGCAUAGCGACCGACGAUGAGUGCAGUGCAAGGGGAGCCGUGCCGUCCUGUGUAGGUAGGUACCAUUUUGUGUGAAGUACAUGCAUCGUCCGAAAGUGCGGCCGUUGCCCCACGCACUCGUCGGCGGCCCCUGGAAACGAUGGUGCCUGCACACAACACAACACAACACAACACACACAUGGCCAUCCGACUGCCGGUUCCCCCCUCCGUCCCCCUCUCUUCUCACCAGCUGUGGUAGAGUGCGUGCCGCUCAUAGUUGUUGUCCAGCUCCACGCCGUACCUCACGUCGCCAUCCGUCUCCAGGAACCUGGCCAUCCCACCCUCAAACCCCUCCAGCCCACCCAGCUUCACCUUCUCCACAAAAUGGUAAAAAUCGUACGUCGGCUCCCACUCGAUGCUCAGGUCCGUCUCGCCGUGCAGCUGCUGGUCGGCCGACCACACCUGCACGCGGCCUUUGUAGUGUGUGGGGUAGGGGGGGAUGACGUAGGGCUCCUGGCUCUCGACCUCCUGGAACUGGAGGAACUCCUCGAUGCGCUGCUGAGUGGCGUUGGUGGUGUCGGUGUAGUAGCUGUCGUCCCGCUGGUAGAUGCCGCAGGUGCCGGCCUCCAUGUUGGGGCCGACGAAGAGCACGUUGGUGUAGGCCUGCGUGAUGUUGUCGGGCAUGAUCUGAACCCACACAUGCAGGUUCUGCUUCCACGCCUACACACACACACACACACCCCCAUCCAUCCAUCCAUCCAUCCAUCCAUCCAUCCACACACACACGUGUGUAGCCCCUUGUCGCCCGACUCGGCUCACGUGGUUAUAGACGUUGCCCAGCAGUAGGUUGCCGUAGGGCACCCCAUAGCCAUAGAGGUCUUUGCCGAGGUAGACGCGGCAGUCGCCCUUGUUGGCGGUGCGCAGCUCGAUGCCGCCGAACUCCAGCGCCUUGCCGCGGUUGGGCACCAUGUAACGGUGGAAGAACUCUAUGCCGUCGGCCUCGCUCUUGCGAACCGCCUUGACCAAACCCUGAAACGUGCCCUGACAGACCAGACCGAGGUAGGGGAGACAGUGGGGGUGUGGGGGUGUCAUAUAUAUGGUUCUGUGGUGUGUGUGUGCUGUGGGUGCAUGCGGACUUCUCUGUCGAAGAUGGCCGGGCGGCCCCACCAAAGGCCGCCUGCGAUCCGCUGCCACGCAUCAGCUGAACGACAGACACACGAGCACAGCAACAACAGACCACAUGCAUGUCAUGUGUUUGCAGGUGUGGAGUGGAGUGCGGCUUCCGGACUGCCCUCCUCCCCUCUUUGUCUGUGGCCACCCUCCCACCGCCCACAUGCGCACCUUUGUCUUCCACUUUGCCCUUGACAGCCUCGUCCAUCACAGCCGACGCACGCAACUGCAGCCGCUCUUGCAAUCUACCCGCCUGGUGCUUGUUGGUCACUGGCCGCCUUAUCACAGAGCUGGGUCCGCCCAUCGUGGCGAAGGCUGCCUUGUCUGAUCCAGGGCCAUGUGUGAAAGGAAGAUGCCUCGGCGGAGGCGAGAAUGCGAUGCUGCCGGGAAGCAGGAGGCUCAAGGACAAGGCGAAUGUGAUGGAAUUCAUGGAAAGGGCCAGAAGGGAAG